AUGGACGCCACACUUCACUGCAACGCCAUCAAAUGCCGCGCAGAGUGCUUGGAUCAGGCGGUGGUCACCACCUGCAGCCACAUCUUCUGCCUCCGAUGCGCCGACGACCUUGGACUCACCAAUCCCAAAGACGGCCAUCGCAUAUGCCCGGCAUGCUCCGCACAGCUCGAACUCCUCGAUGACGCCGUCUGCACUUCACUGAAUCCGUCCGAAGACUACAAGACCAGCAUCCUCAGUGGACUUUCACCCACUAUCAUCAUGGACUGCGUCAGUCGAGGACUCGGAUUCUGGAGCUACCAGAUGUCGCAGGAGAUCAAUUAUCAGCAAUUCCUCGGAAAGAAGCUGACGCAGAGCUACCGAUCCAUCAGCGAGCAACUCGAUAGCAACGCACGUCAGGCGAAUGAGGACAUCCAGCGACUCAACGAGAAGAUCGAAGGCCUCACACUGAAUCUCCACGACGUCGAACGCAAGCAUCAGCGACUGCACGGAGAACUUCAAAAGACAGCGGAACAGCUCAAACAAUGUCGCGCUGUGAAUAGGAACUUCGUCCAAAAGAACAAUGUGGCUGGGCUUGAAGCUGCCGCCGAGCAUGACGCUGAGCACGUUUUGCAAG